AUAAGGAGUCUUGAAGUUUAAAUCUCCUCAGUGUGAUAGAUAUGCUUGCUUUGAUCUGCUUAGCUCUUGGAAGUCCAAGGGCUCCGGGCUUCUGGCCCCGUAAUGCCCAGGGUCCCUAGGGACAGCUCUGUCCACCAUUAGGAAUUUUUUUCCCGAGAACCCACUGGGUUCACGAACCCCAGUUUGGGAACCACUGUGCUAGACAUAUACUCAAGAUAGCUAAAAGCUUCUCUUAACCCUUCAGAGAAGGUCUGCUGUCUCCACUGUGGACUUGACUCACUAUAAAGUUGCAAGAUUUGACAACAUUGCAUUGAUGAGGGUUUUGUCCAGUUUUGUUAUAAAUAUUCCAAGCAAUGGAGUUCCCCACCACUUCCCGGUGGAGACUGUGCCAUAACUUAACAGAUCUCCCUGUAUGAAGUUUUUUUUGGUAUUCAAACUAAAUUUCCCCUUUCUUAAUUUCAUCUCAUAAUUCUUAGUUACCUCCUUUGUACCAGCCUAAAUAAUUCUGCUCCUUUUAUUGGCCUGUUGCUGCUCAAGUCAAUGGUAAAACUCAAUCUCAUUGGGUAAUAUUCAGGGAGAUGUGUGCUCUGACCACCCCCUUGCUCCCACUGCUGUUCCUUCUGUCCCUUUAAAAAUUCUGGGGCCUCAUACCCCAGAGAGCUCUGCCUGCCUCGGCAAGCUAAUUUCUCCAUCUACAUACUAGGCAUAAUAAUGCGUAGCUGCUACAUCAGGCAUGCUUGUGAGGCUAAUUUAAUUCUUUGAGCUCCUCAAGGAAAAACACUGUGGAAUGGCUCAGUAUUAUUAACACUGUGAGCUGACAACAGCUGGCCAACUGACUAAGAAAAGAGCCCUGGAAAAUGAAAUCUGCCAAGUUACUGUUUACUUGAAAUAACUCUUCUGUUACUGCCUAUAUAGUUUGCUAAAUUGGAACUGGGCUACUAAAAGGUGCCUUGGUAGUCUCCCAUUUGAGUCAUUUAUUUUGAAUUGUAUAUUAAGUGCUGGUUGAAGGUGUUAGAUUGAAAGCCCCAAGGAGUCCUAUUAAUUCCCAGAGCGUAACAGUUCAGGUAGAAGCAGGGCAAACAUCCCCCCACUGCACCCUGCUAGUGUGUCUCUAUAUCGUCAUGGAGGGACCACUUCUAGGGAUGAGAGGGUUGUUCAGUCUCCUGGCCCACUCAGGCCUUUAGUGAGAGGAGAUGUGGAGUAUGUAGCUCGGACACUGCAAUGCCAUUGUUUUAAAGGUACUACACCUUUAAAUUUUCUAAGAACUCUCCCUCUGUGCAGAGGUCAGCAGCCAUUGUGGCAGCCUGUCCAGAGGGCACAGACAGAGUCUCUGCGGGAGAGUGCACACUGUGCGUCUCCUCCCCUACAGGCUGCAGCAACUCUGAGAACAAAAUGGCAGCUGAACUCUGAGGCGAGAGAGGCAGUUCUUAGCUAUGUAAAGGAAGGGGCGGUACCUUUAAAACAAAAAGCAUUGCAGUUUCCCAGCUACCUACACCCAACAGGGGCCUGUUAGUUCCAAAUUUGAUGGUGCUUUCCUGUCAUGUGGACACUUGUCUAUUAGGAACAAAAUUGAGACCAACUCCUUUCACACAGGCCACCGAGUAGCCAAAAGAGGAUAAAAACUUGUGGUCCCUAGUGGCCAGUUCUGGAUUUAAAUCAGUGACCCAAGAUGAAGAGCUCCGCCAAUCACCGGAGCCAUGUAGUUGUCCGAGGAUGACUGUGUUAUGCCCCGAGUUGUAUUUUCACCUCGGUUUCUGAUUUACUGUACAUUGGACAUACAGUUAUAUUCCAUCUCUUUUGAACUGUGAAUGAAUAUUGUACCAUGCGUACUUUAUAGGCUUCUUGUAGAAGUUCAGUUGCUGCUGAUUUAGAAUUUCUGAGGCUCCAUCAGAAAAACUAAAAAAAGAAGAGGAAAAAAGAAAACCCCAAACAUCAAUACCAAGAAUAUGAAACCAAACCUCUAAAGCUUCCUGGUUGUGAAGCAAAAGAAGGCGCGUGUGUUUCAGCCACGCUGCCGGCAGGUGGACUCUGAAAGAUCUUAUAGACCUCGCACUUCCUGUGGAGGCAGCCAGAAGAACAAAGCCAGUGGAGGUGCCUUUUCUCCUCACCAUCCCACUAUCUGUUAACUCGCGGCCUCCAGCCCCCAGUGCAAUCCGGGGGGAGCAAGAUGAAGUGGAAGGGGAUUGUUAUCUCUGCUGUCCUGCAGGCACAGCUCCCAAUUACAGAUGCUGCACCGGUUCCAGGACUGACAGACCCAAGACUGUGCUACAUACUGGAUGGGAUCCUCUUCAUCUAUGCAGUCAUCAUUACGGCCCUCUUUUUGAAAGCUAAGUUCAGCAAAGCCCCUGAAUCCCCGGCACUGCAGGGCCAGAAUGACGUGUAUAAUAAAUUGUCUCGUACAACCAGAGAUGAAUAUGAUGUUCUGGGAACUAAAAAGAGAGGCUCUGACCUUGAAAUGGGAGGGAGAAAUCAGAGAAGAAAGAAGUCAUCUCAGGACACAGUUUACACUUCUUUGCAGAAGGACAAGAUGGGCGAGGCAUACAGUGAAAUUGGGAAGAAGGGAGAGCACCAGAGGCGGCGAGGCAAAGGGAAUGAUGCUGUCUACCAGGGACUCAGCUCCGCAACCAAGGACACAUACGAUGCCCUCCAGAUGCAGCCGUUGCCCCCUCACUAAGUGGCAUUCGUGCAGUGGACGGGCAAGACUGAGACAAGUCCAGAUGCUUUGGGCGAGGAGAGAAGGGAAACAAUCAUCAAUCCAAAAAAGGCCAUUCAGUCAACACCCAUUUUUUCAGGACUGCAAAUUAUAUAUGCGUGGUUCAUUGCACAAAGUAGGACAAAUCUGGAUUUAGUUCCCCUCCUCCCUUCCCCCCUUCAAAACUAUACAAUCUCAAGCUUUAGCUUUUAAAUGUACAUAUCUGUAAAACUAUUCCUAAUGAUAGUGGCUGUUUUGUACCAGCAAGUGUUGGGCAGGAGACUAGGACGUUGGGUUCUCUUCCUCCUCCUCACUGAGCUGGUUUCUCUGGCUAUUUAAAAUCCCCCCAAAACUACACCCUAUUUACCCACCUCACAGGUGGUUGACAUUUAAUUACUGGCUAAAGCACUUUUAAGGUCCUCAUAAGGAAGGUGCUAUAGCUACCCCCAGUAUUAUCUACAGGAAGACUAAUCUGCAUCAGCAUAACUAUGGCAGUCUCGCUCCAAUAUUUUUCUGCUGUAAAUUUAGCUUUAUUUCUAAGUUGGUUUUAGCUGUGGAGAGCUGUUCUUACUGUAAAUGACGACAUGUUUCUAGAGUGAAAGACAAAAGCUAAAAGCCGGCUCUACCUUGACAGUGUGAGGAGGAUUCAGUGCUAGGCUGCAACAAGAGAUCAAGAAAACAACAUCCCAGUGUGACCAGUUCUUGCAGCACAUGGACGGCAUCCAGAAAUGCUAAUGGACAUAUAUGAAAGCUAGGACACCUUUACCAGCGAGGUUCCAUGGUAAAAACAGGAGUGGUGCAGCAUACAGAUUAUGCUCGAGAACACUGGGAAAGUUGGGAUUUAAUUAAAAAGGCAAGUUUUUUAAUCGACAAUCCAAAACUUGACUUCUCUCUUCCCUCACUGUUGCUCAAGCCACACAAUUUAAGGGAUAUUCCUUCCCCACUUAAAAUACAGCACCGAAGUAUGUUCCUGUUAUAUAAAACAAUGCGAACAAGUGAUGAGUUUUUUGCUAAGGAAAGUGUACAAAAGUCGAAAGAAAUGUAAGAAUUUUUAAAUACCUUGCAGGAUAAUUUUAAAGAUGAGGAGUACAGAUUCAACACAAAGGUGAUGGUGGCUCAGCAAUUCAGAUGUUUUUUGAUGAGGUAAUAAAAUGGAUGGGGAAGCCAUGGAUGUGUAAAUGUGUUUAACUGAGCCGUGUGCCAGUCCUGCUGCUGCUAUCCUGCCACAAGGGCUGCCUGCACCCACCUGAACAGUCACAAUAAUGAUGUCAAACUAAGCCAGGCUGGACAAGGUUAGUACUUGCUGGAAGGCGGCCAUCCAACUAUUGCUGAAAUCUGUGCUGGUGGCAGCAAUAUCUUCAGGCCUGGUCUGUAUGUAGGUAUUUUUUUGCACUGCUUUAAUAAUGAUAUUGGUUUAGAAACAGGUAAACUUACUGAAAUGAGCUAUACCAAUACAAGCACCUUUUAUAGUGAUAUAAAUGCAUCGGCAGUGGGAUGUUGGUGAUUCUACACAUUUUUUUUGUACCACCUGAACUAUAUAGUUUCUAAAUCAAUACAAACACUGGCGGUAGACAAGCCCCUUAAUAUGGCAUUGCGGGCCCUCUCAAAUAUAAAUUUUUGGACUUACUAUUCCUGUUGGGAGACAAAAUGAUUAGCGGCAUGGAAAGAUGGAGUAAAGGGGAUAUGCUAGAGUGUCCGCUAAAACAACAAGCAGAGAAGGUAAAUCCAAUACUCAUACUUACCCCCUUUCAUAAUACAAGACCAAGCUGCCAGUCACUGAAAUUAGAAGACAUUGUGUUUACAACUGCCAAAAAGAAAUUGUUAUAUACAACACAAAUAAGCUAGGACCUAACAGCUAUAGGGCAGUAAAGCCUAGAGUUUCAUAUGAGAUUUUUUAAUAUGUGCUAGGGAAUAAGACAACCACUAACCUGGGGGAGUUAACAGGAAAGUUCCCCUUUAUGCUGUCUCUAGCUAUGGGAGGAUGUUGGCUCUCAGAAGUUCCCUCUAGUAUUUCUUCCAGGACUCGCAAGGCAUCGAAUCUGCAAGGUGGUUUGAAGACUAACAAACUGGCUUUUGGCAGAGGGGCUGGCCCUCGUGCUAUGCACAUGGUAAUUGCAUCCUUUCCCAUUUUCCAAAUUCAGUCUUUACAUUCAAGAACCUUUGUCCACAGUCCCAAGAAGACAACCCAGACUGCUGAUUCUCUUUUAAAAAAAGAGGAGUGGACAAUGCAAUGGUGGCAGAGCAAAAGCUUCUCGAUGAGAGCUGAUCACCUGCAAUAUCCUGCAGUCUGUUCGGCACAACUGACAAAUAGCAAGAGGGAACAUCUCUCAGGCCCAGCUUGGUGGAUCUGAGGAACAGAAAUGAGAUUUUUGCCCUCCAACUAUUGACGUAUUUAAAAACCACAAACAAGUACAUACAUGUUAAAACACUUGGAAAAUGGUUUAAUGAUGUUUACAACAGAAAUGAACUGUACAGUUACAGUAAGUUUAAUAUAUAUAAAAAAUUACAGCAGACAAAUGCAUCUACACAAAAUCUACCAUUUCAUCCUGAUUCACUGUAAUCUACACAAUCUCUCAAUGCCUACAGCCACCUGCAGGCAGCCACUGGGAAAAAAAAUAAAGGGCAUCUUUAAAGAAACAGCAUCCCUUUUAUCCCCCCCAUCAAGAAAAAGAUAUCAAUUAGUUUCAAAAUCAGAGGGGUCUUUCACAUUUCAGUCUCAAGACCAGAUGAGAAUGUAUUUCAUCUGGGUACAAGUAUCGCAUUAAGGUCCCUGACUUCAAGUGUUCAGCUGACCCCAGGUGUACAAGUGAUAGUAUAGGAGGAGAGGUGAGAAAAAGGGUUAACACACAGACUGCAAAUUUAUCUUUGGCUGAAGAGACGCAUAAAAGGAUCCCCCCCCACAGGCUAUUCACUAUUCACAACUCAUUGCUUCACUAAAAGUUAUUGGCCAGCUUCAGCGGAAAGGUUUUUUUCCCCAAAUUCCAACUUUUCACUCAAAGAGAAACUGAUGUUUUCAAACUAAUGUGCUUCCAAGAUUUUUCUUAAAUAAAUCUCGGGCCACUUUCUAACUGGCCCCCCCGCCAAAAAAACAACGGAAAACACCCUUUGACCCAGUUAUGUAAAAAGUAAAUUCAGGUCUUUAGAAAAAUUAAGGAUGCUGUCUCCUUAAAAAAGAAAUAAGGAAUCCCAGCUGGGAAUGGCAGUCAGUGAAAAUGCAAUCCAAAUUGACAGUCUGGUGGAAGGUUCAUUAUGGAAUAUUAUGUACACUUUAGAACUUUUUAAUUCUUUUUAAUUAUGAACACCUAGGCAGUGAAAACUGUUAUGUUAAUACAUACAUAGACACACCCAAAACAUACAAAAAUACUAUUAUUUCAAACUACUAAGAAUAGGACAGUUCAGUUAUCUCCAUGCUAUGACUUUAAGAGCAUUACACUGAAACAAACAAGAAUUUAAACGACAAUUCUUUUAAUAUCCCAGAAAUAUACCAAAAUAUACAUCUAAGCUUUGGAAUUACUGAGGUUAGACUAAUGCAAGUGCUGGGUAAUCGUACUUAAUACACAAGUCUAAGGUUCUGCAGGAAAGAAAUUAUCUUUGGUAUCUGCAUCAGGCUAAUAUUAUUAACAUUUGGAUUUUGCUUUGGGAUAGAGCUUGUAUGACCCUAGAACCAAACACCCCCCAAUCAACUGAGAUUAAAAAGAUCCAUGUAUAAAGUUCCUUCAUUUGCAAUCCCCCCCCAAAAGUUAAAAAGUCACAGGCAUCUACCUAGCAUAAAAGGUUGAGAAAUACAAUGCAUAGUUGCACAGUGGUGCUGCAAAAAUAAUAACAAUAUAGAAAAAAAGCAACUAGAGGAGAAAUGAAAAGCUUUUUCUUCUUUCGGAGAUUUCUCACAACAGGACAGCCUCUUCCAAGCAGUUACGGGGGGGAGGGAAAAAAGCUAAGAAGUGCACCUCAGCGUGUAUUAAUCAACAUCACCCAGCCCCCAAAGGGUUAAAGCACCUAUCAGAGCAGCCAAUCAUGCACCAAUGUCUUCAGCUUCUCAACCAAUCUGUGGCGCUGCAGCAACCCAUCUGCUCUCCCAACCCACCUUCCCCAGUGGCUGCACCCUGGGUUUUUGUGAGCUUAAAGAGCAAGUUUCCUCCACAACACAUUAGCAAAGGGUGGGAUGGAAAUUGCCUGGAUCAGGUUGAGUCCAUUUUGCUGUGGAAGAGCCACACAGUGUCGGGCCAUGGGAAGCCAGGCAUUCCACUUUAGCAGCCUGCUGGGAACCCCCUUCCUCCUCUACCAGGGCUGGCCUCACAGAUGGGAUUGCUGAAGACGCCCCUUUGUCUUUGGUUUGUUUGUUUGUUUUGAGUUUAUACAAUCAUUAGGAAAUCUUUGGUUUUGGCUGGAAAUUUUAAAAGAACAAAACAAAACAAAGAAACCGCCCCCCCGGCUUAUAGCAGCGCACCGUGACCUGUCAACGCUUCUCUUUCCCAUGGGGGUGGAGGAACUACAUUCAAAGUAAAGGUGGAAGGGAUCAAGGAUGCAGCUUCUGGACAGCCCGGGGGAUACAAGAUUGUCAAAUAAUAAAGAAGAAAAUUAAAUAUUUGGAGAAUUUUCUGUUUUGGUCUUUUU